AUGAAAAGCUUCUUCAACUUCAAUCCACAGUCUUUCGAGUGGCCAGAUCGGAUCUAAUAUGUAUUCUCCAAGUCUGAUGAUAUCAAACCUUUAGAUCUCUCAGUCAGUCAGUCAGACUUGACUUGACUCCUUUCGUUCGUCGUGUACCCAACUGGGUGAUUACAUAAACCAGCUGCUGCUUGCUGCUUGUUUUUCUUUUUUUUUCUUUUUUUUUGGAUGGAUUCAUUAAUUAAAAAGAGCUUUCAUCAUCAUCAAAUCAUCCAUCUUCCUCCUGCCAACCACUCAUCUCGUUGACUCCUCCUGGGUUGCCUAGCACUUUCAGAGCCUCCUCUUCAAAAACCCCUGCCCCACACCAUAAGACUGCUUUAACUCCCACCCAAACCCUAACCAAAAGCUUCACCACUUCAAUCAACCAUCUCCCAUCACUAUUUGCCCCUACCCAUCUCACCAAGCCCCCAGCUCAUCCAUCACAAACAUGUCCUCCCAGUCCUCCACUCAAAACUUGGCUCCGAUCAUGCCCUUCAUCGAACCAAUCGAGCCAAUCGAGCUACCGUCCGUGUUCGACUUGCAAGCUUCGACCACCAACCAAGGCUCCGGCUCUGCUGCGACCGACCCCCCCUCGAACAUCGACCAGUCUCAGAAGAAUCCUACCGCCUGGAAAGGCAAAGCCAACGCCACCAACAUCAAUCCAUCUGACCAGUACGCUCAGGCUGCAGACAAACAUCGCAGAGCAGCUUCUCAAGAAGAAGCUGUGAUCGAAAAAACACGCAUGGAGCUGGAGGAGAAGAUAAGCGAACUCAACCAGCUGAAAAAUCAACUUGCUCAAACCGAACAACGCGAACGUGAAUUGGCCUCCAGAAUCGUCACCUGACCAUCAGUACACUCAUCUGCAUCCCUCCUCCUCGCACUCUUCAAUACAAUCAAUCAAAAUCGACCACUCACUCACUCAACCACACUUCAAUUGAUAAGGUACAAAACAGAAAUGAUUAUCUAUACUUGUCGCUCUGCAUCUUCGCAUUCUUGUACUUCUCUCGCUCUCUCUCUCGUAGAUUCUGUUCAAGUUCCUUGGACGACCUCAGAUAAUCUAUCUCUGUUUCCACUUUGUUCGUUUAGGUUGCUCUUUUUUCUGUCUGCAUUGUCCACUUGCUUUCUCAUGUCUUUUUUUUUGUAUUCUUUAAGAUACACUCCCUUAUGUGAAUCUUACAUUCUCGCCCUUCCAGGUUAAUAUUCUGUUUUGUCUCUUUUUGUUUUGUUUUUCUUCUGAUUCUGCAAUCUCUAUCCCCCCCCCCCAAAAAAAAAAACGUUCACUUGUUGUUUGUAUCUGCCCUGUUUUAUAUGCCAUGAUUAAUCCUUUGACAGACGAGUUAAUUUCCUUGUCCAAAAAUACACUUGCUCAGGUACGAUGAUCUGUAAUCAGGUAUUGUGUUU